CCUGUUUUUUUCCUCAGAAAGGAAUGAAUUUUUCGUCCUAAAUUCUGAAAAAGCUUUUGGGUUGGAGAAUUUUGGACCUCACCAAAUUGUCUGGUUAAGAUUCAUCCGACUUCAAAUCUCCCACAGCUCUCACGUUGUGACAAGUUUCCUGCUCAAGACUUCAUUGCCCAAGAACACUCUCCAAUUUCCCUAAUCUCCAAAUUUCUCCAAUACCCAUUUCAAAUCUCUGGCGGUAAAUUUAAGGGUUCCAUCUCGUUCUUCAAAUCGACUCGCAACGAACGACGGGUCGAACUUUGAUCGGCGUAUUUCCUCUCGUUUAGCUUUUGAAAAGUAUGGUGGGAGCUUUGUCUGUUGUGGGUUCUUCAGUGGUGGACUCGCAUACUUCCCCUUGCUUGUGUUUGGAUGCUUUGCCCACAACGAGUAUCAAUCUCAAAAGUAGCGGAGAUUUUGUAAUGAAAAAGAGUUCAAUGAGUCGGAACCGUUUGCCGAAACCGAAGCACUUGGAUUUGAGCAGCUCGUUCGUCGAUACUGGCCGAGAGUGGCUGCUCUCGGUGGAUAUGAUAAAUCGGAGUUCAAGGAAGCAGCACAAGAACAGAAGAAGACUUGUGGUUGUUGAUGAACUUGGAGGGCAGUAUGAAGAUAGCUUUGAGGAUGUUAAAACGCAAAUACUUAAUUAUUUUACAUACAAGGCUGUGAGGACUGUUAUGAACCAGCUUUAUGAAAUGAACCCCCCACAGUACAGGUGGCUUUACGAUUUCGUCUUAACUCACAAACCAGCUGAAGGAAAACGUUUCAUCCGCACACUCGUAAAGGAAAGGCAAGAUCUUGCUGAAAGAGUAAUGGUCACACGUCUUCACCUGUAUGGCAAAUGGGUGAAGAAAUGUAACCAUGCCGAAAUAUACCAAGAGAUCUUGGAUGAGAACGUGGAAGUAAUGCGAGAACGGCUUAUGGAGACUGUUAUAUGGCCAUCAGAUGACACAAACACAGAGAAGAUUGGCUAAAGAAUAUGAGUAGCUUUGAGUUCUCUCUCCCUUGUCAAUUCUUCUUGCCUUGCAUCCUUCAUUCGUAAUUAGUUUGAUUGUCGAGUUGCCGAUCUUAUUCUCACCCAUCGACGAAUGGUUCAGUGAUGCAGUCUUUUUUUGUUGGUAAGUUCAUUGAUGCAGUCAGUCAUUAUAUUAUGUAAGAUGUAUAUAUAUUUAGCCUCCAUUUUAGUUCAAUAUGGACUAAUGUAGAGCUGGGAUUUUCUCAGAACUUAUGCUUCUAUUUUAUAUUGGGAUGGGAGGCUGCCAGAAUGAGCCUCAAUGUGCAAGUUACUGAUUCUUUCCUUAUUU